AUGCCUCGUUCUCCAUUAUCAGAAUGCGCAGAUAGCAACGACCAGAAGAUGAAGGUCCAUUUCUGGGAUGGCGUUUGUGAAGAAUGUGAAAAGAAAGUGACCUUAUACAAUGCUCGUCAAUGUACGUUUUGCGGUGGAAAAGGUUCCUCUGAUGAUCCUUUCUACUGCAUUACCUGCACAGAAGAAGGCUGUACGACAAGGAAAAAUUGCCAACAACAUCGAACAUCGUGCUGGGAUAAGCACAUACCUUCCCAGUCAGCGAAAGUAGCAGCAAAACAUCGAAUGGCCGAUCCUCUGCCUGAGCUGUUUGUGAAAGUCGUUACACAUUCCGAAGCCGACACACAAAAGCUACGACAAUUACACGAGCAGGACGAGAACGCUCGAUGGCUCAAGAUCAGAAGAGAUGACGCAGGACGACCAGACCUAUUUAUAUAUGACAGGUUUAUGCAGGAGUGUGACCGUUCUCAGUCGGGGAAUAAGGAUACCACACACCAUUAUCCAAGUUUUGUGUCUUUCAUAGGAGAUACAUCGGUUGGGAAGUCGACUCUUGUCCGCGCGAUGCUAGUGUUGGGGCGACUAUACUCUCUGAGUUCUAGUUCAGCCGACCAAUCAUUUUCAGACGAAGCUGCCAUUGAUGAACUUAGGUUAAUAAAAGAGGAAGGCACAUAUGGGCCUGUUACACGAUCUGGAAACAUCGGUCAUCUGACAGAUCCUACUACUUCUGGCGUGCACCUCUAUCGAGACGUUGGAAAGGCAAUGUUCAAGGACUCACAUCGAGCCUCAACUCAUCCUGAACGCUCCACCCAGUAUCCAAUUCUGUUAGUGGAUUGCGAAGGGUUCAGAGCUGGUGAAGCAAUGACCAAUGCGGAGCGAAUGGAAUCUGAACCUGGAGUGGACUCUCGAGGGAGAUUCUUAUCAACAGUUGCAAACCACCGGGGUCGAUCUGCAUCGAGGCGGAAGAAUCUAUUAAGUCAAAUCCCGGUCCUAGCGCCAUGCUAUGGAAGUUCUGGUAAAGACGGAGUUGAUUUGUUCUACGCAAGAUUUCUCUACGCAAUCAGCGAUGUAAUCGUUUUCGUAACCAAGGAGGAUCAACGAAUACAAUUUGAGCUUAACCGGGUUUUGGAAUGGGCGUCGGCGGCAGUCCUAAAGUCUGUGAACCAUCCAUCACGGAAAACUCUGAUCAUUGUUCGCAAUAUGCCAUCUUUUCAUGACCCAGCCCUGUACAAGCGAGACGGAUUAGAGGAGAUCUAUCUCCGAGGUCAUCCUAACCUAUGGGACGACUCCCCUAUUUUACAGGAAUUUGUGGAGGGUUAUAAUCGACAAGAAGAGAAAUUUGAACGUCGAAUAACUAGCAAUCGAAGGCUUUACGAAGUUUUGUUCUAUAAGAUAACAUGCUGUUAUAUACCUCGGGCUAAGGAAGUAAUGGGACAAUCUCACGAACUAUUCGAUCAAUACAAAGAGCUUCGCAGCGUGAUCGAGCUUUCGGUUCGUGAUGGGAAUAAGUUAAGGGAACGAAGCUUUAUGAAAUACAAUGUUCCUACGUUGUCACAUAUUUUGAACCGAGCCUUUCAGCAUUUCAGCAGCUCAGAAGAGCCGUUCGACUUCUACCUUGCAGCUCGAGGAGAUAACCCAAAUCCGAAGUCCAUGCCAGAUCAUCUGGCAAAUUUUCUUCGGCAUACCUCAGAAUACUCUUCUAAUAACGGCAGCAUCAACGACAUGGUUAUUGACGUGAUUACUAUUUCGCUAGUCGUAUAUACGCAGAGACUUUUCGAAUUAGUAACCAGUCCGGAUGAUAUAUUUGAUCGUGAACUGCACAGAAUUUGCGAUGAAGGCAUAACUGUGUAUCUGACCAAGUUUGAGAGGUGCUCUUAUAAAUUUCCUGGAGGUGCUCCUUGCGUGUCUAGGCUAGAGACACUUCACGGCCACCAUGCUUCUUCUGGGGGACAAACUGCACAGGGCCCUUUCUUGCAUGAGAAAGCUUGGACUGAUGAAAGAAGGAGGUUGUGGGUUCUCAAGAUUCGAGAGAGAUUCUCGUUGUACUACGAUAAAUUCUUCCGAGAAGGGGAUAACACCCAUGGUGGUGAGGUUGAACUAAGGGAGCAUCGCAUUCUAGAAGAACGGAAAACAGUUCAUACCAGGUACCACAAACUCUGGGCAUCAAUUAAGAGCAACAAGACCUGCCUGUCUUGUUUACAGGCUGUCCCGGAUCACGUCCUUGGUUGUGGGCACUCUUACUGCCCUCGGUGCAUCCAAGAACUUGGCAAACAAUCCUCCCACUUCGAGUGCGCGUGGGUCAUGCUAGGUUGUGCCUUAUGCAAAAGUCCUGAACAAGAAAGACCUCAUACUGUGAAGUUGAGGGCAUGCUGUGCUGGUGUGAGGGUUCUGACUCUUGAUGGUGGCGGUAUUCGCGGGAUUGUUGAACUUGCACUGUUACGGUCAAUUCACGAUGCCAUAGGUCUCGAAAUACCUGUGAGGGACAUGGUAGACUUGAUUGUAGGCACAAGUACUGGCGGCAUAAUUGCUUUGGCAAUCGCAAUGUCGAGUUCCACUAUCGACAAAAUGACAAGCUUCUUUACGAAGGUUGCUCAUCAAACCUUUUCCGAAACCCGUACUGGUUUUCUCUUCAGUAAAAUAGACCCAUCGCAUACAGCUGCGAAGGCUUUGAUGUUCCUCCGACUUUACGGGAGCGUGUUCAAACGAGAACCAUUGGAGAAAGCAUUGAAAGAAUUCUUUGGAGCAUCUAGUUUAUUUGCGCCAGAUCGCAAAGGACUUCAACCUCAGUUUACGCCUCGGGUUGCAGUAACAGCGGCAAAAGACUCGGGGCAGACUGACUGCCUGAUUGCUAGCUACAAUCGCCCGGCAAUCGAUGAUUGGGGAAAUUUCGAUCGAGAAGAUUCUGAGAGCAAGGACAUGAAGAUCUGGGAAGCAGCGCUCGCAACAUCAGCCGCACCUUUCUAUCUACCACCCUUCUACAAGGAGGAGACAAAAACUGACUAUGUGGAUGGAGCUGUGUAUGCAAACUGUCCAGCACAUGUUGCGUACGAGGAAACUAGGAAGCUCUGGCCUGACAACGGAUCUGGAUUGGAUUUCCUUCUGUCCCUCGGCACGGGCUUGCAAAGACGAAGAGGCGACAAGACCCCGACUGCCGUUAAAUUCGGAGGCUUUGCUGCAAUCCGUGCCAUGUUUGAAAGGCAACUUGACUCUCAUAAGUCCUGGGAUCAAUUCGAAAAUGGUCCCGUUGGGUCCACUAUCAAGUACAGGCUUCACCGAUUGAAUCCACCUAUAGAUGGUGACCAUAUUGCUCUUUAUGAUCACCACAAAAUCCCAGAACUUAUAGAAAUUGUCCAAAAAUGGACGAAAACUCCAGAAAUAGCUGAGAAGAUCGACGAGCUCGCAAAAAUCUUGAUCGCGAAUCUAUUCUUCUUUGAGCCGGACAAAAAAGCUAGUUCGGCACCCAGUAGUCUUCUAGGAGACCAUUCAUAUGAUAAUCUUUCUGGCUCAAUCAGGUGUCGCUUAGGUCAUGAAACGGUCCCUCUUGAGAAUCUUCUCUCGAAAAAGGUUGAGAGUUUCUGCCUCGGUGGACACUAG